AAAGAGUGAGGCAUCACAGAUAGGGUAUAAGAAAAUAGUCUGAGAGAAAAAUAGAGAGUGUGAGCGAUAUUGUAGUGAUGCGGGAAUAUCAAAAGAGGGUUUUUUGUUUUGAGUGUUGUAGUGGUCUUUGGAGUAUAUCAGUUGCUCCUCUCGGGGUCGUGGUUUUUCCCUUAUUUAGAAGGGUUUUCCAUGUAAAAAUCUUGGUAUCGUUGUCACUCUUUUAUUCUUGUUGAUAACCGUAUCUCAGAUCUACAUUAUUAUUCCGCUUUAUUACCGUAAAUAUUAUUACUGUGGAGGAUUUAUUUCCAACAAGAAGCUGUGGCUGUUAAGAUCCGGAAAGACGAAGCGAGAAACUCCGAAGCAUCCGAAGACAUCAUGGAUGAAGGAUGUUUGGUCGGAUGAUAUCAAUCGCAGCUGGAGGGGACCUCACGAGUCCGGAAAUUGGUUGAUAUGAUCAUGAUCCAGGCUCACGACUCCGGAACUUGGUUGAUAUCAGAAGGAGUCUUCAUGUUGGAGAAGUUAGGUCUCAUGUUGCUCGAUUUGUUGAGUUUCUGACCAAGAAAGAUUCUUGGCAGCUCCAGGCAGAGAAUUAAUUAUUAGCUUUUUAACGAACAUUUGCUUUAUCCUUAUGGUUUUGCAUUCAUAGGUUGAAGCUGCUUGGGCUCUCACCAGUGCUUUUGACGGCUCGACGCCUUCGAUUGACCAUUUGCUGGAGCCAAUAUUCCAAAAACUGUAUUCCAAUCAGAUAAGACAUUUGAUUUUGCGAAGCUAUGAAGUUUAGUGUUAUUUCGAUUUGCUCAGUUUAUAAAGACGCCAGAUUGCCCGCAGCUGCUCAAGUUCUUGUAAAGCUCCUGGAAUCUCCAGAUGGAAGUCUUUGUGAGAAGAGAAAAGCCACGAGGACUUUGUCACUGAUUUUUAAAAGCAAGCCGGAUCUUCCAUCUGAGCAGGUUACUUCAGCAGUCUGUUCUCUUUUAGAGCUUCUUUGUUCAGAUGAUGAUGAGGUGCUAACAAAUGUACGUUGUGCACUUUCUUACUGUAUUGAUGGUAUACAUGGCAUUAUCCAAGACCACAAUAACUGGGAUAUUUAUGACCGGCUGUUUGUACUCCUCCAGCACGAGUCUCAUUCAGUAAUAAUCCCCGUCCUCAAAAUACUUGUAAAGAUUGUUGAUAGAGAGAAGAGCUGGUCUUAUAAGUUCAAUCCCGCCUACCUUGGUUGCCUGGUGACGUUGCUUGAAAACCACAACGACGAUGCAGAGGUGGUCACCAGCAUUUGCAGCAUUAUAUAUGAGAUUAUCGAGUGUGGGAAUAUAGAGGCUGUGUUUGCGGCUGGAUUUAUAGAAAGUCUAGUCAAUUUGAUUCAAACUCUGAAGGUUGGUACUUGGUGGAUGUCUGCUGCAUAGAGGUUCUGUGUGAUGUUAUUGCUUCAUGCUGUAGUGUAGAAUUUAUGAGGGACAGUCUUGAAAAAUUAGAGAAAAUCUUGGAGGUUGGGGCAAAAGAUGCUCCGUCUAUUGAGUAUGCUCGCCGGAUUGAAAAGAAGAUUAAAAGCAUUCACGCUAGCAGUUUGCCUAGGCAAGUACAGUUCUAUUUUGGUGAGUUUUUGCGGAAAUUGGACAAGUAUCUGGGAAUGAGUAUGCUGGAUCUCAAGUAGGGCUGGGCAUAUAUCGGGUAAAACCGAUAACCCGAACCGUUAAUUAUUUAUUGGGUUAUCGGUAUCGGGUUAUUGGGUUAAUGGUUCGAUAACGGUUUAAAAUUUUUUCACUAUUGGGUUAUCGGUUCGGGCCUCGGUUUGUCAAUUUUGUUAAUGGGUUAACCGAUAACCCAAUACGAAUUAAUAAAAUUACGACUUUACCUUAAGUAUAUACAAAUGUUAGGGCUUCAUUUCAUUCUGUCCUAUUCGUUCUCAACCGAACUCUUCAGUUGCUUCAUCUUCAUUCUUCAUGGACCUUACUAGUUACUCCUAGUGUAAGUCUUUAAUAUGUUAUAUGUGAAUUCUUCUCUUUUUUGCUUAA